CCCCCGAGGAGGCGAGACAGCCGAUCCGGUCGGCAAAUCGCGUUUUUUUUUGUUGUUCAAAAAAAAAAAAAAAGUUUAAAUUUUUCGACACAUUCGAAAAUUCCGUGCUGGAAGGAGAGGUGAAAAGCCACCCCCGUCAACAGUUUUUUAAAAUUUUUUUUUGAGGCGGGGUCGAAAAUCAAUCAAGUGAUACUGUGAUCUGGUGUGUGCAUGUGUGUGUCUGUGUUUGUGAAAAGUGUUUUUCCAAAGAAGAAAAUAUAUAUUUGACAAAAACAAUUUUAAACGAUUUUUGCGAAGGGGACAAAAAUCAAAAGGAGAAGACAACAAACAAAGGGCCGGCACAGAGGACAAGAGGAAGGGUGGACGUCCUAUCUGGAUCACAAUGUUGACUGGACAUGUAUAUCAUUUACCCGGCCCAAGAGGUCAUACAGUACACUCUCCCUAGCAGUAGCACGCAUAAUUUGACAUCGUACUACGCCGGUCGUUACGGCGGCUAUACGAGGACGAUGGAGAGCCUAAAAGGGAUGGCCCAUCCGGCCGUUUGGUCCAACGUCAAGAAUCACAUUACCACGUCACUGGCCGUGGUUAAAAACCUUUCUGACUUCGCCCAGGAGCUGUCACAGAUGUACGAGCAUCACGCCGAAGAGCUCCAGCUGCUCGUGGGCAACUACAGAAAGAAAAACGCCGAAUUGAGAAAAGACGGGUCGAGGGGAAGCAAUUCUAUGAUUCAGCUGUGGGAGGGUCUUCUCCAGGAGGUCGAGGCCGACUCCCAGGCCCAUGGGGAGAUCGCCUCCGUCCUAGGCCACCAGGUAUCGAGGCACACCCUGGAAAGAACCUUCUACAGGAAGGUGCAGGCGAGGAAGAUACUGGCCCACAGGGAGAGCCUCGACUCGGUCAUCGCCAAGUCCGAGGAGACACUCAGCAAGUGCAGGCAGGAAUACAAGGCGGCGUAUCUGAGCCACAUACAGGCUCCGAUGUCGAACACGUCCCUCUCCGAGUAUCUCGACGCGCACAACACGUACGUGACUCAACUGCACGCGACUAACGCCAUGGUCGACACCUAUUGCCGGGAGACACUGCCGGAGCUGUUAACUGAGUUGGAAGAGGUGUACAACGACCUCUGCACCACGCUGUCCGAGGCCAUAGCGCAAGGGGCCGAGAUCAUUUCGAACAGGGCUGGAGCCCAGUCGAGGAGAUACUGCACGAUCUGGGGCGAUUCGAAGGCGGUCGACCCGACGUCGGACACGGCAGCUCUCGUCCGCAACUCUGCGGUACCGAGUCAACCACACCCGACCCACAGGCUUCGGCUCUUCACGCCUCCUCACUCCGAGGACCAGGAAGGAGCGGUAGCCCAGUUGAAGAACACCCUCGUCGUCGACCGACCUGCUUCGAUCCAGGUGCAGAGCACCUUCGAGAGUUUGAACAGCGAAGCGGACGGACUCCAAGCGCAGAUUCAACACUUGCAGGAUUCACUUUCAACAAUGCUCAGGAUACAGCAGAGGAGCAUCGAGUCGUCGCUGUUCAACAAAGCGAACGAGAUCCAGGAGGACAUCUCGAUGAAACGGUACGAAUUGAAAACGGCGCAGAUCAACCUGGCCGGUGUUAAAGCGAAGAAAGAGCUGUUCGCCUUGAAAAUGGAAGGCGACGGUGGCGGUGGCUCGGACCGGAAGAUGUCCACCGCCUCCACAGCGUCGAUGAAGUCGAAAUGGCUCAAGGCGUUCAAAAGCCUCAAAACUCCGCCUUUGUCGAACGGAAAGGAAGCCGAAAAAGAGAAAAAGCACCAAAUGUACCACGCCGUGUCGACAAUCAUAGCCAUGAGGAGGAACGGGAAAGACGUCCAGCUGGCAGGUGGCGAGAACGCCCACCAGUUUCAGGAGUACACGUACAAAAAGAUAACACCAUGCGACGUCUGUUCUCAAGUUUUAAGAGGUCACACGAAACAGGGUCUCAAGUGCCGACUGUGCAAGAUGAACGUCCACCUCGAUUGCCAGGAGAGGGUGGGCAAGUGCCAGACCAAGUCCCGUCUUCUUCGAAGGCAGAAGUCCAGCUCAGACAUCGAGACAAGAGCGACCCCGCCGGACGAGGAAGGUCUGCUGGCGGGACGCAUGCUUCGCCCAGGGCGGUCCGUCUCGCCCGGAGGCGCUUCGAGCCCGUCCAGCCCGGACAGGUCCCCGAUCGGACGUUCGGUCACUUUCAGGACCCCGGACCAAAUAGGUGGGCUCCAGACUCCACAGCCGGUUCCUGCGGAACGGGACCCACAGGACUCGACUUACCAGGUCCUCAAGACGGCGAACGAGAUCUCGUCCACGAGGGCCUCGGAACCGAGGACGACCAGGAGGCCGAACCCAAGCCACGCACAACACCACCACCAUCAUCAGUCGGCCAGUUCAGAUAACCAUGGAAGCGGUGAGUCCAGGCGGAGGAGGUUGUUCGGAAUGAAGAGUUUCGGGUUCGGGCUGAAGGCGGCGGAAAGAGCUGCAUCACUCCCAGAAACCCCUCAUAGCCCGAGACGGCAGAAGCUGAACCUGAGGAUGAAAUCCCUGAGCCUGGAUUCACCGGAGUCGACCGAGCACAACCAGAGGCGGAGGCCGGGGACGAACUGCUCCGCCCAGACCUCGGCACACGGGAGCAGCCACAGCUCAUCAUCUCGGCUACAAUCACCUUCAAGUCCGGUACACUCCAGGAGGCUUUUGUCAGCGCGCAAUAUGAGAAUGAGCUCGGUCGAGCUGCCUGACGACAACGAAAAGUCCAUAUCGAGCGCGAGCACGUCACCGUGUCCAUCUCCCAAGCCGUACAGGCUCUUGCCGAACAACUUGUACGUCGUGCUGUACAACUUCAAGUCGAGACAUUCGGACGAGCUGGAUCUCAAGGCUGGGUACAAACUGACGGUGAUAGACACUUCUGACCCUGAUUGGUGGAGGGGGAAAUGUUUAGGAAGGGUCGGCUAUUUUCCGAGCAAGUACGUCGCCAAAGUCCAACCCGGGGAAAGGGCACUGCAGGUGACGCAUAACUUGCAAGUCGCCGACUCGACCCUACUGAGAGAUCAGAUUGUGAUUCAGAUAGGCGAGGAAGUCGACGGCAUGGUGAUGAUCAGAUCCGGCGACAACAGGCAAGGCAUAUGCCCUAUAAAGUACCUCACCGAGGUGUGACAGUUCCGGAAACAGGUCGGCCUCCUCAGCCCGACCAAUUGGUUCGACAAGUACAUCCACGAGGACAACAACAACAACAUCGACCUUUUCGCCCGCUACUACGGGCAGAGGAUGCGCGCUACCAAAGUCGACAUCCUCCUCGGAAACAACGGACGUCUGCCGAUCGCCAGCUCUCAGCGGCCCCUAGGCGUAUCGAGGACUAGACAGCGUUGCAAGAGCAUGAAGAGUUUCACCUCCCUCUCCAGGCCACUCCUCAUCGGUUGAUUAUCAUCCGCCUUUUCCUUUUUAUACAUGAGGACUGCUUCCACCUUGAACGACAUCCUACAGGCAGAAGGUGGCCAUAAUCUAGAUGGAUAUUCCAUGAUAAUACACUAUGAACGAUACGAAAAUCAGAUCAUACCAAAUCUUAAUGCCAUCAACCCUUUAACCGCCAGAUCGUAAUCAAGACCUUAUCCUGCACACGAAGGUCAUCACCCUAGACAAACUAGCUACCAACAAUUUUAAAAAAUUAGCCUUCUUCCUUAUCGAUCAUUGUUCAAAAAAAUCUGAGGAGGGGGUCAUAAAACCUCUUGGGUCCAAAAGAUGCAGGAAUUGAUUUCCCCCUUGACCCAGUGACAAGAUCAAAUUGUUGCAUUUCUUCCAAUUGAAUUUACUGAUUUAAAAAAAAUUAUGAACUAUACUCGGGAGAGUCGGUCCGACAAUCGACAAGAAGGGAUGAAAGACAAAGCCCAAACAAUGAGGAAAAACUUUUUUUAAAUAUAAAUAAUUUAAUAAUAUAAGAACAAUAUAUUUAAAUACGUGUAGGUACAUAAAAAAUUGUUAUAUAUAGGAUUUUAAAAGAGAGAAAAAAUGCUGACACUGUUUUUCCCAUCUUUCCUACGUUUGGGCAACACUGGAGGCAACACUGAUUCCCUGAGAAAUUAUUUAAUCCAUUGGUUACUCAGCCGACUUUAAAUCACGACAGAACUUCUCCCUUAAAACAAGGCUGACAUUUCGACGAAUCGGUGUUGGAAAUAGAGACGGUCCAUUCGUUCCUGAACUGUUCAAAAGACCUAGCUCACUUUACUGACCGGUUGUAAUCGCUCUAGAAAAAUGAACGGCAUCUCUAUGGCUAAUCAAUUUCUUUGGGAGACCACUGUACACCUCUCCCUGGUAGCUCAGCACGCAACACUUCCCGGCGGCUCAACGUUCACCUCUCCCUGGUAGCUCACCAAUCAACACUCCAUGGAGGCUCACCGCCCACCACUCCCUGGUAGCUCACCACUGAAUGCUCCCUGGUGGAACACCGUUUCCUGGUAGCUCACCACUCAACACUCCCUGGAGGCUCACCGCUCAACACUUCCUGGUAGCUUACCUCUCAACACUCCCUGGCGGCUCACCGCUCACCACUACCUGGUAGCUCACCACUGAAUACUCCGUGGCGGUACACCGCUUCUUGGUAGCUUAUCACUCAGCGUUCAGUGAGCUUGUAUCCCCCCCUUAAACAAAGCUUGCACUUGAAGGAAUCAGUGUUGCAAAUAGAGAUGGACAAUAAGUUCCUGAACUGUACAAAAGAACAGCUGGCAUUACUGAUCGGUUGAAGUUGCACUGAAAAAACGGAACGGAAAUGGCUACUCGAUUUUUCUGGCAGAUCACUGUACAUGACUACCUAUAGUUCACCGUUCACUCCCUGUUCACCCUCCUCUGUCUGGCAGCCCACCGCUCACCACUUUCUGUUAGCUCACCAAUCAACACUCCCUGGCGGCUCACCACUCAACACUCCCUGGCGCUCACCAUUCAAUACUCCCUGGCGACACACCGCUCAACCCUCCCUGGCGGUUCACUGCUCACCAGUACGUGGGAGAUUUUAAAUCCUGUGAUUACUCAGUGAGCUUAUAUCACCACAAAUUUUUCCUCCCUUAAACAAAGGUUGCACUUGGAGGAAUCAGUGUUGCAAAUAAAGAUGGACAACUGAACUGUUCAAAAGAACCAGCUCACUUUACUGAGCGGGUGAAGUUGCACUGAGAAAAGGAACGACAGGUACUCAUCACUACUUGGCGGCUCACUACACCCUGGUAGCCCACCGCUCACCACUCUCUCGCCUUUCUUCCCCAGAUCUAUCCGUAAUCCCUACUGCUCCCGGUAUAUCCUGGAUAUGCAUUUAGGUCUCCCUAUCUCUUCAAUUAUUUCAAAAAUGUGUUUCUUUCUCUGGUUAUUCUUUAAAAUUAAAAUGUUUAUUGACCGGAGAGCGGUGAAAGAGGACCGGUUCAUUCCACCUAGUGAGCGGUUUUUGCCCAUCACUACUUAAACCGUCGGGACCAGAACAUUUAUCAAUAAUUAAUUAAUCAAAGAGAAUUAAUUAGGGAAAUUUUUUCAAAUGGGCAAGGCCGAACGGGCUCACUUUGUGGAAUCAGUGAUGCCACCAGUGUUGCCCGACAGAGAGGAGAAACAAUUUUUGACCUUUUUUAAACAUAAAUAAAUAUGUAUUGAUGUCGGAAAAUCGUUUAAAUCGUUAAAAAUUCUCCUUUUUAUAAUAUGUUAUUAUUAUAAGAAUGAAAUAUAAAUAACACAACUUGUGUAUAAUUAUUUUCUAUAUUAUAUAAAAAAUCUAGGGAGGGGGGACUUUUUAAAAGAGUACAUUUUCCACUACAAAUAAUUAUAUACAUGAGCACUAUUCUAUUUAAAAGAAAAUUUCUAAUAAAAUAUAUAUAUUAUAAAUAUAAAUAUAUAAAAAUAAUAAUAAUAAUGAAGAUAUACUUGUUAUAAAUGGGGGAUUCUAUGUGCACUUUUUUAUUUUAUUUUUCUUCAGUUCUCUUUUUGUAAUUUACAGGGUUUAUAAAGGGAGAAAGGAUGUAAGAAGUAUUAAAAAAGCUUUAUUAUAUUUUGUUUCCUUUUGAAAAAGAAGAAGAAAAAAAACUUUAAAGCUAUGGACCAAAGACAACGCCUUCGCUUCGAUUUAUUAAAAUAAAUAAAUAAGUAAAUAUAUUUGGAGGGGGGAAGAAAAAUAUAUAAUUUUGUUAAUUUUUAUGUAGUCUAUUUUUAUGUUGUUUUGAAAUUUUAUCAAAUGUUGUUUCAACUACCGCCGAUAUUAUUGUAGUUCACUUCGUCCUUGUGAUUUUAAAAUAUAAAAUAUAAAAAAAUAUUGUAUAAAAAUAUAUAUAAACAUAUAUAAGAAUCUUGAUCCUACAGCACUGAAUCGAUGUUAUUUUAUUGUAUUGAGACAUAAAAAAUCGAUGAAAUAAUAUUUAAUAAAUUAUAAUGAGCACUGUAAGU